GAGAGAGGGAGGGCGGAAGGCCAAGAGGAGUGAGAGGGUUGUGACGCAUGCAGGCGAUGGGAAUUGAGAAGGAAAAGGAGGACGAGGAGGAGGCGGAGAAGAAGAGAAGAAGAGAAGAAGAAGAAUGGAGAUGGUGAAGGAGGAGGAGAAGCGAGGGAGGGAGGGGGCCCGACGACUGGAGGUGGUGGAGCAUGAGGAGGAGGAGGAGGAGGUCCAGUUUUGGUUCUGGCGUGGGGUUGGGUUCGUUUUCUUGAAGACCCUUUCAACGACCACUGUGCGCCUGUAGGAGGUGUUGUCCAGGCAGAGGGAGGGAGGGAGGGGAGGGGAGGGGAUGCGAGGGGAAUCGAAUGAUGAAGAGAGAAUUGCUCGUCGCUGAUUAGAAGGCGAAGGGAGGGCGAGAGUGGAAGGAGGGGGCGGGGAGGAGCAGUGCGGGAGAAGUUUCUUAUCCUGUUUAUUAUCUGCACUGCAGGGGCGUGGGGGAGUUGGUUCUUGUUGGUGGUUCAUGAAGAAGGGGGAGAGGGAGGGGGGGAGUGAGUGAUGGAGAGGGCGUGGGAAGGGUGGGAUGGGCAUGAUGGAGGAGCCCGAUUUUGUGUGAAGGAUGAAUGCGCGGAGGAGGCCGGAGGAAGAAGAGGAGGGAUGUAGACAAGUAUGUAGAGAGGCGAAGGUGUCAUGGAUCGCGAGAGAGAAAGGGAAAGGGUCGGGGCGCGCAGCGAUGCCGCCUCUCUCUGGAUCGAUUUUUUACUUCUGCCACCCAAGCUGGAAGAGCACCUGGCGGCGGGUCCUGCGGCGAUCCCCACUCCUCCCGAUCUUAUUUCUAUGUUUUUGGAGCAAGCUCUUCUGAAUCAGAAGGCGCUCAACGGUGGUUCGUCGGGCAACAUUGCCGGCAAAGAUGCGGAAACACAAGGCUCAAUCAAAGUCGCCAGUAAGACGGCCUCUGUACUUUGCGAAAGAGCAGCUCGGGUGGCAGUAGCUGCGCAGAUGACAUUGUCUGAAAUCGAGCUAUCCUUAGCAUCUCAGCAGCAUCAGUUCGUGCUGCUGAAGACGUUAAUUAAGCACGAUGAAGGUAGGUCAUUAUUGCAUCAAUGCAACCUCCACCGUUGGUUGCUUCAUAAAGCCCUUCAGUGUUAUCCUGUCGGGUCUGCUGCACCCAAUGCAGCUUCUCCGACACCUCGUCUUGGAUAUUGGACGGCCGGAGACGAUCUGGGUGAAGUCUUCCACAAUAUCGUGAAUGGUAAUGGAGACACGGCCUCGUUUUGCGGGGCUGGAGAAAGCCGCAUCGAGGAGGAACAACCUUCUUUGGAGUUUCUAGAGCAGGUGUUAAAAAAUGAGGACUUUAUAGAGCAGGGGGCUCAAGAGGAGGAAGGAGAACCCAUCCAAGUGUCUGCAAAGUCGCGUACGAAAUCGAAUUCUCCUCAAUCAUGCGAAAACGGGGGAUCCGACAAGGAACAGCUUCUAAGUACAGCUUAUAAAUGCCAGGUCCUGUUUGACGUUGCAGAGGUACAUUUUAUGAGAGGUCGAAUUAGGCAAGCUUAUGAGUUUUUCGAUAAGUGUAGAGAAUCGUUGACAUUCUUGAGUUCUCGUAAGGGAAUUCCGGGGAAACAAUACGGCGAAGACAGUUCUGUAACCUCAAUGAUCACCUCCUCCACGAACUCUUUACAUCAGGAAAUGCCCGUACCCGAGGAUAGACUCGCCGGAUUUAUCGUGGCAUGUAGGAUGUUACUAUCUGGUGCUUCACUGAGUGAGAGUGCCACACUGACCGAAACAGCGGCUGAAGUGUCUUUAAAUGUUUCAACAUUUAAUGAACCUGACCCAAGUUUUGGUGCUCCAUCUAUGCAACAGCUGUCUGUUAUUGCUUGUGAGAAGAGUCGGUGGAUGUCUAGGAGCUGUAGCAGGGUUGACAGUCCUUACAGUGGACCUGGUAGCGACGGUGUAGUUUGCAGGGAAACUUUGCUUAAAAGAGAGAACUCAGAAGUCACGAAGGAUGAAGGAGCGUAUGCAAACAACGGGGUUAGGAUGGCCGAUGAUGGUGCAUCAUAUCGGCAGAAUAAAAGGAGCAGGAGUUCUAAAUACACUGGAGAUAUUAACGGGAAUUCGGGACCAAAAGUCUUCGAGGUUGAGAAUGUACAAACUCAUUGUAACGAAAUUGAAGUUCAAGCUAAGCGUCAUCAUGGUCUAAAGCCAGACCCUCAGGAACUGCAGCGUGGUGGAGACAGUGGAGUUGUGGUGAAGGAGAACUUUACGAAUGGAUCAGAUACCGAUGUUCAUGAGACGAAAUGUUUACAAGUAAAUGGGACAAAGACGGAGCAGACAGCUGCGCAUAGUAAAGAGGAAAGACUUGCGAUUGACAACUGUCACAGUCAAAUGAAGCAGAAUGUUGCUCGAGAGAAGGAACAAGUGAUGUCUGACGCAGGUUAUGGUGCACAGUUUAGAUUGAUCGUGGAUCUGGAGGUCGAAUCAGCUGAAGAUUCACUGUAUGAUCCGAACAGUGUAGUGAAGUCUACGGAUACAGAGAGGCGAUCGACCCAAGGACUUUUGACCCAGAACUUUUGUGAAGACGUUCUCAGAGGACAUCUCUCGUGGGCUUACUGCCUGUCUGUGGAGAAAGACUCCACACUGACAAAACUCGACCGUUUGAAAGUUGCUGCCUGUAAUGUAGUGAGGUCCGUUCUCGAGGGAGCUUCGGUUGAGAUGUUCUUAAGAAUAAGUGACCAACUUGAAGAUAGCAGGGACGCUAUUGGAUUCCUAAUGCGACUUUUGCAGGCCAUCAAGGUAGUGGAGGAAGGUAAUCUGCCUCCAUCGACUGGGUCUUAUGUACUAGACUGCAGAUUAAAAGAGCGACUCAACAAGCUGGGCUUUUUUAAACAGGUGCAGAUUGUCCAAGGGUCAGGCGAAACCAGUUCUCUAGUUCUGCAACGCGUGCAUGAUCUUGCCAUGUACGUUUGUUCUGUAAUUGACGAACCUUGGUGUUGGGACUGUGCUGUUAAACAUCGGUUGGCAAAAAAGACAGACCUUCCUAGGUUCACUAGCCCAUUUCCUUCUCAUUGUUUCAAACCAUUGAAAUCAUCAGCGACUUUUGUAAAUACAGCUUCCGGAUCGAACGGCUACAUAGAGUCGGGUUCGAAGAAAAUGGAGGAAAUGAAGGUAAUGUCUCAGAGUGACAUUCUCAUGUGUCUUUUGGAACUCGAGGAUCUCACCGACAUUGAAGCUAUUGUUGAAAGGAUUAGGUCGGAAGGAAGAGGUGCCGCAUCGAAGGAAGUAUCUACAGACGCACAGCAGGGUUCACCUGAAGUUAUAUCCGAGAAAAAGCCUGUGGACACUGUCAGUACUCAUGAGUGUAGUCUGUUUCCUCCACCGCAGUCAAAAACCCUUUCGCAGCCCUCUGGAAGUCACCAGGUACAAGCUACCAAUUCUAGAUUAAUGCUGACCUACGACGAAGUCCGUAGUGUAUCUACACCUUACACUGUGUACAAAGUUCCACAUUUUGAGGAUGAUGUGGCUACUGUUCUGAAACGUCAAGCUUUUACUGUUCUGGACAUUUCCAGAGAGACACAAGAGGCAUCGCGUUUCUACGAAUUGUCUUUGGGACUUGUACCCGACGACAUCGACUCUUCCAUGAUGUUAUGGCUUUUCGAGAGGACCGCUGAUACGGAGGGAAGAUCAGAGGCAUUGUCUGAGGGACGAAGUUUACUAGCGAGCAGCCAGUGGAGCAGAUCUUUACCGAUGAAGUGUGAAAGAGCGUUAUUACCAAAUUCCGAGCUUUUGGACUUCGCUAUUCUCUUUCUUAUCGAGAAGGAGCUGUGGCACUUUUUGUCCGAGCUCUGUAAGUGGGUGUUGUCCCUAAUGAAAGAGACCAUAUCGAGAGAUAGUGAGCUGAACACGAAGAGCGGAAGCGAUUCGGGCACUGGAGGUCCUGAAACCAAUGGGACCCGCAGUGAGAGCAGUACAAAGACGGCAACAGUACAUGGGCAGCAAAAGCACCGAAGGCUACUACACACUGUCAAAUUGGGCUCUAUUUUAAGUGAUCUGUUGCCUCUAUGCAUAUCUCUUCAAGCAGAAACUUCACGUAAUCACUUCAAUGAAGACGUGGCACGCCUUGGAUCAAAAUUGUCACAGCUGUUUGAGGACUUUAUGUGCGUACUCACAGGUAUUGAGACCGAUGGACAGAGUCAAGGAAGCGAUCAUGCUCCGGACUGGAGAGCAACUCAUUCUGGACUGAACCUUCCACCUCUCUACACUGGUGCUGCAGGAGCUCCUCUAAUCUCGAAAGUUGCUAACCCUCGUGCUCUUAUGGCCCUCGCAAGCUUGACAGCUGGUUGGCUUCAUCGAUGUCAUGCUGCGGGCUUGUCAACGUGGCCCCUUGCUGUGGAAAGGUACGGGGUUCUAGCUGGCGUCACAGCCGGCGCUGCUCUUCCUCCUCCCCCCGGGUCACUACCUUAUUCAGCCUCGGUACUACGACCAGUGCCCCCUCGAGUUUCACCCGAUUGGGGGAGAGAUCUGUUCGGGGUUUUACUGGAGGCUAUUGUGAGCAUUCCUGGCGUUGUUGAAGGAGAUAGAGAGAAGGGACAUCGUUGGCUCCAAGGAUUGGCUGACCUGGCUUUCGAAGAUGAGUCACACGUCAGAGCUUUGCGCUUGUAUCUGCAGGCUGGUGCUGUUCGAAGUGCUCACUAUUGCGAUCGCUCCGCGUCAAUGUGCCGUGAUAUAUUCACUCGUUGGGUGAUACAGAGAAUGGUGGCUGCAUGCCGAGCGAUAGGAGCCGGUGUGCAGGCUGCUGUUCUGUGUCAAUGCCCAAACACUCCUGAGCACGAAACCGCGUUCCGAAUACUGCAAGAGAACACACUGAUUGUUGAUAGGGAUGCAGCUGCUUACUUCGAGUGCCUAUGGGAGGUUCCUAUAUUGGAGCUUCUAGUGAAUAUGCAUGCAAAGGCUGGGGAUGAAGCGAGAGUCAACAUCCUGAUAGGACUGCUUCAGCAGCCUGCAUUGAAUGUGCAUAAUCCACCGGCAAUACGCCAAGCGCAUAUCAACACCAUGGAGCAGAGAUUCUUGCAGAGAUUGGCCGGAGAAUUACUUGACUGAAUGGGUUGAUUAAUUGUCUCCAUCCACACGACGGGUUGCAUUUCUACUCUGGCAGUAUCUUCAUCAGGUUGCUGGUGAGGUUGAAUGCUCUACAUCUGUAAAUGUCAAACGUUUCUAUCGGUGGAAGACCAUCGCUGUGCCCAUGCAAUUCGUCAAAGCUCUUGCGUGAAGCAUUUUACCUUGAAUGUUUAUCUUUCAGGCUUGGUUCUGAGCUGGAGUACGGGUUGACUCUGUUUUUUGGAAUGUAACUCGUUCCACCUCCAGUGAAAGGUUUAAUAGGAAGCAUAGGUGGUUCACUGCUGUUUCUGCAGCCCAAAGGAUAGGUCGGAUGCCUGAUGGCCGCUACUACAGCCUGAAUCUGGAUGUGCAGUCGAGGUUAGUCGGUGUAAUCGAGGUCAUGAACGUGAUGAAAGCUGUGGGCGUCUUCCUGCUCGCAGGAAGACGCUACAGCAGGUUUUUUUUGGUGGCAACCUAUUGCUGCCCCACAGCAAGCUGGUGAUAGAGUUCGACCUCUAUCGUCUGAAACCUAAAUCGUGCAGUCAGCGUAGUGGAGGUCUUACCUCGGCAGUUCCUCAUGCAGACGGUUGGACGUGGCUUCGCUGAAAUCAUCAGCUACGCUGUGGAAGCAUUUGGAUGCUUUUUCAGUUUUGACUAUCGGCUGUUGUACUCCUCCUCCAGGCAACGGGCCUUGGGGUUGGACGAGAGAAUUCCACCAAUAUUUGUGUAAGAACUUACACAGAUUCUGGAAGGAGAAGAAAAUAGGAUCUGAGGUUUCACUACAUGGACAUUGACUAACCCGCGGAUAGGCGGGUUAUUUGGUUAAUAAAACACUACUGGUUCGUAGACUGUACAGAACCGACGGAAUCGUCAAAGUUG